UAUGUACCUAGUAGACUCCAUAAAGGAUUUCUAUAGCUAUCCUUGGGGUAGUUUGGCCUACAAUACAAUGUCGCAAGGGGUCGCAGCUGCUGUGAUGGCAUCAGGUGCGGUUCGCUACAAUGUAUAUGGUUGUGUCUUUCCUUUGCAGAUGGAUCCAUUCAGGAUGCUAUCGACGGAUGAACUCAAAGAGGUAGAAAAAUACUAUGAAGCAAAUAAGGAGACGGGAGAGGCUUCAUGGUUCAAGUCUAUAUGGGUAGAUGAUGCGUGGGUUGAUAGCAUGGCUAUCGACAAAUAUGUUGACUUCCUAGAGGAAAGGCAGUCUGAUUGUGCAAUUGCAUAUCCCUAAGAUUGCAAGUUUUGUCCCACUUAUUUUAUG